AUGACGCUACGUACAAAAAUCGGGGAGGCGAUGGAUGCUAGGACAAUCGCCAUUGUACCAAUUGCGUCACAGGAAGAGGAUGACGUUAGUGGAGAGGAGAGUGGCGAGGGUGAGGAGAAAGCAGAGGAGCAAUUGAAUGCCUUGGAUGAGUUGGAUGAGUUAGCCGACGAAGAUUAUAAGGAUGUGGAAGAAGUAGAUGUAAAGAUGAAGCUCAAGGCUAAGAGACAUCCCAUGAACUGGAAGUGGCUUCUGAUCAAGGAGAUAUACCGGGAUCAUCUUUUCAGCCAGGAUCUGACGGGUCACAUAUCGCGUUGGAGCGAACGGGGCGGGAAACAGCUCCAUUUCCUCAGCCUCUCAAAUAGGCCAGUUAGCCGUUUCAUGUUCUUCCGGUUCCUAAUAACAUAUCUCCAGGCAAAUAUUCAGGGGAGCAAAGAGUGGACAGACAAGACUGAGGCAAACACUACCCUUGACCUUUGGGGCUUACCAAGCUCGGGGGAAUAUCUCGAGAAGAACACUUUAUGA